AUGAAUGAGUAAUUACGAUUUAUAAAACUUGAAGAAUCUAUCGAAUAACUGAGUAAGUCUUUUCUGCCUCAUCUCAGUUCGAUUUAGUAAAUCUAAUAAAAGUUGUCUGCUUUGGAUGUUUUUAUUACGAAUAAUCCAAGGGUUGAUUUGAUUAGUGAUACAAUCUAACUUUUAAACUCUUAAUUAAAGAUCUAAGAGAGAAUUAGCUCAAUAGAAUCAUAACAUACGAAAUUCACAAGUCAUUAUGAUGAAAUUUUAAAUAGACAUUCUGGUUAUAUUAUGUAAAUAUAACCUUGGAUUGAUGAGAUGCAUAAGUUAAAUAUUUUAUAUUUAUUCUAAUAGGAUUUUAGAGGAAGCUAAAUAAAAUAGAGAAAUGAAUAAUCAGAUGAAGUUCAAUUUCAAAGAGAUGAAUUAAAAGUAUAAAGAAUAUACAGGAAUCCUUUUGUAAAAUGAUAGAUUGACUUAGAAUUAUAAAACUCGUCUUGAUUAAUUCGAAACUUAAUUAGCUUCUAAGAUUGAUCACUCAGAAAUAACAAAGGUUUAAGAUUUAAUGAGAAGAGACUUUGUAACUUGUAUUGAAUUGGAUAAUAUCAAAAAUUAGAUUCAGUAAAGGCUAGAUCGAUUGUAAGGAGAGAUGGGUACUAAAUAAUAAAUGGGAAUUAUUUAGGAUAAUAUUUAAUUUAUAAGAGAUCGUUAGAUUUCUGUAUUAAGUGAAUUAGUUGAUAAAAAAGUGGAUGAUCUAGCAAAUAAUAAAUUGAAGGUAUAUGCGACUAAAAAUGAUUAAAGAGUCUUUGAAGAUAGAACAAAUUAAGUUUGUAAGAUAUUAUCAGAGAAAAUAUUGAUGAUGCAAAAAGAAACAACAGAAGAAUAAAAAUUAAUAUAAGAAUAAAUGAAAGAGUAGAAUUAAAAAUUAAUUGACUUUAAAUAAUAAUUAAACGUCAUCAAUUCCACAUUUUAAAAAUUUGUAAUGAAAGAUGAAUUAUAAAUUGCUAUGUAGAAGACAUUACGUUUGUAAAGAGAAUCAGAGUAUCUAAAUGAAAAAUUGGAAUCAAUAAGUGCUGAAAUAUUUGAAUAAAAAGUCUCUAUUUAAGCAUUUAAUAAAUAAAAAAAUUUAGAAAUUUAAAAUUUACAACAUUAAUUCAUACAAAAAGAAGGAGAAAGUGUAACUUAUUGUGAUAGUCCAAAAAGAGCUGAUAUUUCUCAAGAAGAAAUGGAUAGUGUUCCAUCUUCUCCAAGAAAAAAAAUUAGAAAAUCCCUUUAAAGAUAAGGAUCAAUUAUAACUUCAGAUAUGAUGUAAAGAAUAUUUCAAAGAUCAGAUACUAGAAUUUAAGAGUUAUAAAACUAAUUAGAUGAAAUUAGAUAGAGAUUGCCUAAAACAAGUAAAUUUUAAGAAACAAUUACACAACCUGUAUCUGAUACUAUAAAUAUCAGAAUGGAAUACUUUAACUAAAUGAUAAUUUAAAUACUUGAAGAAUCAAAAAAGUUUAAGAAUUAAUUUGAACUUAUAAAUUAAUAGAUAUUGAUACUCAAUAAUAGACCUCAAUUAAAAGAAGAUACACUGUAAUUAAUAGAUGAAAAAAUGAGAUUUAUUUAGGAAUUGGAAUUUAAACUUGAAUAAAAAUGUGAUUCAUCUUUAGUAAUUCCUAUUUUAGAUUCUAAAGCUAAUGCUUAAGAAUUUAUGGAAAUAAAAUAAUUAUCUAAAUAAUUGAAGUAAUGUGUUUUGGACACAAUAAAUAGUUUAAGAACCUUUUUUACUUCUGAUUAAAAUGAUUAGAUUAAAGAUUUAUUAAUAAAUUAAUUAAGUCGAUAUUUAUGUUAUUUUGUGAGAUAAAUAGAAGGUCAUCAAUAAGCUUAAAGUGAAUAAUCAUAAUAGAAUAAUACAUAAUAAAUAAAAUAUCUUUAGCCAAAAUAUAAUUCUUCAAGAAUGAAAUCUCACUCAUCUUGUUCAAAAAGAAGAGAAACUGAUUAUGAAAUAAGAGGUAGAACAGUUAAUAGAAAUAUUACAGAGACUGCUGUAUAUAAUUCAUUGAGAUCAUCCCCUUUAGCAUUUAGAUUAGUGAAUUAAAAUAAAUAGAGUGCAACAAUAGUGAAAAGAUUGAAAGUUUAAUGA